GAAGAUAAAUUGUGAAACUUGACAUUUUAUGAGUAGGAAAGAAAAAUUUUAAUAAAAAUGUAAUUAAAUAUAUUAAAUUAUUUAAUUACAUGGAAGUCAGAAAUUUUCAGGGUAGUAUUAUACAUGGAAGUCAAAGUUGACCCAAUUUUCGAGUAAUAGAGCUCUUAUUUCUCCUCGUGUGGAUGUGUGCUAUAAAUUUUACCGUCUAGUCUCUGUCUAAUGCAAAACAGAGCAUUGCGGUAAAAUUACUCAAGCAAGAUUCAUCUGUAUCAUCAAUCAUCGUCAUCAUCCUUAGUGGUCCACGAAUGGGUAGUAAUAGUCAGUUCCUUCAUGUUUUCUUCCUUCCUGGAAUGGCUCACGGCCACAUGAUUCCAGCUCUGGACAUGGCCAAGCUCUUCGCCUCCCGUGGCGUCACCGCAACCAUAAUCACCACCCCUCUCAACGAACCCGUUUUCUCCUCCGCCGUUCGGAAAUACACACAGUUGGGUCUCCAAAUCAAGAUCCGUUUGGUUGAAUUCCCCGGCGUCCAGCUUGGCUUACCGGAAAAUUGCCAGCAUGUCGACCAGAUCCCUUCCGGCGACGCGAUUCCCACUUUCUUCAAGGCCUGCUCCCUCCUCCAACAACCCUUGGAGCAACUUCUCGAAGAGCUCCGCCCUGACUGUCUCGUCGCCGAUGUGUUCUUCCCUUGGGCGACGGCCGCCGCCGCAAAAUUCGGUAUUCCGAGGUUGGUCUUUCACGGAACCAACUGCGUUUCCCUGUGUGCCUCGCACAGUCUGGCGACUCACAAGCCUUACGAAAACGUCUCCUCUGAUUCAGAACCCUUCACAAUUCCGAAUCUUCCCCACAACCUCAAGCUCACCAGACUGCAAGUCCCCGAGCACGAACGCGGCGGCGGAGAUGAAUACCCCCUGAAGGAUUUCAUGAAACAAAUAAGCUAUUCGGAUGAAACAAGCUACGGGGUGAUCAUUAACAGCUUCCAUGAUCUGGAACCAGGUUAUGCAGAGCACUACAGGAAGGUUCUUGGCAGAAAAUUGUGGAUGGUGGGCCCGUUUUCCCUUCUAAACAGGGACAUAGAAGAUAAAUCUCUGAGAGGGUGUAAAUCCUCAAUCGGUGAGAAAGAGUGCUUGAAGUGGCUGGAUUCCAAGAAACCCAACUCCGUCGUCUACGUCUGUUUCGGAAGCAUGGCGAACUUCGCCGCUUCCCAGCUCACAGAAAUGGCGAUGGGGAUAGAAAUUUCCGGGCAGGACUUCAUUUGGGUGAUCAGAAACAAGAAAGAAGAAGACAACGGAAAAGAGCAGUGGAUGCCGGCAGGGUUUGAGCAGAGGACGGAAUGCAGAGGGUUGAUCAUAAGAGGGUGGGCCCCACAAAUGCUGAUUCUUGACCACCGAGCCGUGGGCGCGUUCGUGACUCACUGCGGGUGGAACUCGACGCUGGAAGGGAUUUGCGCCGGGGUGCCGAUGGUGACUUGGCCGGUCUUCGCCGAGCAGUUCAUCAAUGAGAAGUUGGUGACUGAUGUUCUGAGGACCGGAGUCGGGGUUGGGUCGAAAGAGUGGAAACCGGCGGAGAGUGAUGGUGUGAAGAAGGAAGACAUUGCAGACGCCAUUGGAAGAGUAAUGGUGGGGGGGGAUUCACGGGAGAUGAGAAACAGAGCAGCCGCGUUGAAAGACAGGGCACAUAAAGCAAUGGAGGAGGGCGGAUCAUCUUACUCAGAUAUGACAUGUCUGCUUGAUGAACUGAAAACUAACCCGAUAAUACAUUGAGUGGAUCAUAAUAUCAUAUGAUUCAUAUCCAUGUUUUAGAGAAAUAAACUUAAUUAUCAUUAAUUAAAUAAUUGUGUACUACAUGAGUAAAAAAAUUAGGAGAACACAUGAUCAAAAAUGACUAUCAUUUAGAACACACAGCUUGAGCACAUCCUGUUCGUGGAUCGUCUAAUAUGAACAAAGGAAACACUGUGGUGGAUUUCUUUUUGACCCAUGGACUUUUGAAAUGUAUAUGAACUUUUAUAUCCAUAGACUUUUAAUUUAUUGACUUUUAAGUUGUAAACUUAUAAAAUUAAUGAUUUAUUGAUAUGAAUAAGUUCAUAGGCUUUUAUACGAA